AUGUCCUACUACGGCGGCGACCCCUACAACCGGCCUCCCCCCGGCCCUCCAGCCGGCUACGACCAACGCCCACCCUACGACAACCGACCCCCCUACGACCGCGCCGCCUACAGUGCCCCUCCACCCACGGCCCGCCCCCCACCAGGUCCUCCCCCUCCCCUGCCCGCAGGCUGGCACCAAGAAUGGGAACCCAACAUGCGCCGCGCCUUCUGGGUCGAAGAUAACACCGGCCGCGCGCAGUGGGAACCGCCCUACGGCCCGGGUUACUAUGAUGGUUCGCGGAGCGUUGAACCGCAGGGCGGGUAUUAUGCGGCCCCGCCAGGACCGCCUGCUGGGUAUGGUGGUGGUCCUGGGUAUCAGCAGCAGCCAGCUGUUGUUGUGGAAGAGAAGAAGAGUAAUGCCGGCAAGUAUCUUGCGGCUGGUGCGGCGGGUUUGGCGUUGGGUGGUCUCGCGGGGGCUUUUAUUGAGCAUGAGCGUGAUGAGGACUCCGAGAGGGAGGAAGUUGCCGAGGCCCGUGAGGAUGGAUACUACGAUGGUCGCGAGGACCAGGCUUACGAGGAUGAUGGUGGUUGGUGA